AUGUCGACUGCCAAGGUCAAGACCGGUCAGCUCUGGGGAAAGAGCAAGGACGAGCUCAUCAAGCAGCUCGAGGAGCUGAAGACCGAGCUGAACCAGCUCCGUGUCCAGAAGAUCGCUGGCGGUGCUGCCUCUAAGCUCACCAGAAUCCACGAUCUCCGCAAGUCGAUCGCCCGUGUUCUCACCGUCAUCAACGCCAACCAGCGCGCCCAGCUGCGUCUCUUCUACAAGGGCAAGAAGUACCUGCCUCUCGACCUCCGGCCCAAGCUCACCCGCGCCAUGCGCCGACGACUCACCCGCCACGAGGCCUCGCUGGUGACGGAGAAGCAGCGCAAGAAGCAGAUCCACUUCCCUCAGCGGAAAUACGCCGUCAAGGUAGAACCCCUUUCUGUCAAUUUCGAAUUUCGGACCUAG